CUACCGGCGCCACUACCUCUUGCAAUGAUAAAUUAACUAAUCUCAGUGAUUCAUCGUUGAUGAAUUUUGUUUACUAUGAUCCUGAUACUAGUUUUACGGAUGGAACUUCUUUGACCAUGCCUGUUGGAUUUGAUUUCCGAGUUUCUGCUAAUAGUUCAUCUGCAAAUGAUCUUAGUCCAGCCUUCACAACAUACCCGGCAAUAAGACUUGUUGAUCCAGAUUUAUUUAACAAUGCUAAUAGGCAUGCUGGUGAGAAGCUAAAUGAUGUUUUGAGCGAAGAAUCUAAUACGUACGUUCUUUCACCGUACCAGAGACAAAUUAUUUGGUUAGAUCGAGUUAAAUAUUCUGAUCUUGGAGGUUCUUUAAAACGUGGAGUUUUGUCAGUUGCAGUAAAAUCAGCUAAACAUCAAUUUAACUAUUUUGGACUUUCAACAAGGAUGCAAACUUUUAAUCCAUUAAACCAACAAGUUGUUCCGUCACAAUUCACUGCUACUUUUGAAAUAUAUAAUCAAUCAUCAACUUUAGUUACUUAUAAGGAAUCAGA